AUGGAAAACAUUAAUUAAACACAACGUAUAUGCUGUAUAAAAUAAAGUGAUGCUAUAAAGUGAAGUUCGCUAGGCUCGAGGUUCGCGGUGUUCUGGUGUUUAUCGCAGCCGCUUGAUCGCACACGGAACUGACGAAAAUCUUCCUUGGUUCAAUUAAGGUAAAAAAAAGCCCAGUUGUAGUGCGUGUACAUCCGUGUUUGCGUGUUUGUUGCGUACGUUCAUUAUUAGUUGGUGCAUUUGCGAAUGCAACUAUUUUCUGGCGGACAAUGGACGUUUGUCCCCGCAGUAGCAGCAGUAGCCGAAGCCUCCGGUGCAGCCGAAUCCAACGCGAAAGGAUGCUAUUUUAGUCCGUUGCGGGAGUGCGACGCGGGGGUGGGCGGGGUUACAGAACGGAUCGGUGGCGUUCGGUAUCAGGCUCCAUAAGGAUGAACCUACCACUGGCAGUGGGUAGUACAGCGUGCUGCCGGUACGGAGCCGCUCCACCAUCGGACGGUCCGACCGCAAACCAGAUUGGAUUAGUGUGAUAUAGCACUCGUAGCAGCUUUUUGUUUUGUUUUUAAAUUGUUCUGUGUUGUUGAAUUAAUAGAUGAAGUGUGGGCCGAGUUUGUAACGUUUGACGAGCGAAAAAGAAAUUGCAAGAGAGACCGCUUACAGUAGGAACAUUUCAUCGCCCCGAGUAAUUCCGACGAGCAUCGUGAAAUAGUGCAGCUUCGGCGCAUCGAAUAUUGCGCGGUGAAACAGAGUACGAUCGCGAAAAAGGGUGUUGGCAACGAUGAGCGUGUUCAGUGACUUCCAAAGAAUGUGGGUACAGCGGUUUCCGCAGAGCUCGCUGUCGGACGCGUGGGAGCAGGACGUCCGGGCCAGUCUCGAUCGGCACAAGCAGAAGAUCGCCGAGCUGUCCAAGGAGCUCGAGCAGGAAACGCUGUACGUCGAGUACCUGGAGCGGCUGCUCGGCGAUGUGGAGAAGUACCGGGAGGCCGGCGGGGAUCCGUCGACGCUGUUCGAGGCGAACUCACCUGCCUCCGCCGCCAACCUGCUCGGGACCGGAGCCCGCGAGUCGCUCGGCGGCGGCGGCGGCGGGUCGGGUACCAUGGCAGACGGCGGUAAACCACCGGAAGAUGAGAAUCAAAUCAUCAAGGCGGCUCCCAGCAACCAGCCGGCGGCGAACGAUGGCGACGGGUCGGCCGCUUCGGGCAGCGGCGUCGCCCCGGCCGAGGGCACCAUCGAGCAUGGUGUGCAGCUGCGGGCGCCGGCGAACCGUAACAGCCCGCUCAACCAGUGCAUCAACGAGCUGACCUCGAACCUCCACAGCCGCCGGUGCGUCAGCGAGCUGGUGGCGGCCAGCUCGAGCGCCGUCGCUUCAAUCAACAGUCAGUCACAGCAAGCGGAGUCGCAAUCAACGGCCAGUGGAGGAGCCGGCCACCACACCAACGGCAAUCAACAUCCAUCAACUGCCAACGACGGCACCGGUAGCAACGGCUCGGACGCGAGUGGUAGUGUUGGCUCUGCGCCCGACGAGACGCCGGCGGAGGGCUUGGUGCGCCCCGCCACUAGGACACGCAGUGCUAGUCAGAGUGAGGCGCAGCAGCAACAGCAUCAGCAGCAGCAGCAGCAACAGCUGCUGUCGUCGCCAAGCCACUUCGUGACCGUGAUCGAGGUGAAGGAGUCGAAGAGUAAUGGUAGUGGUGGUGGCGGCGGCGGCGGCGGCGGCGGUGUUCCAAGAAGUGCUAGUGACAACAACGGGCUCGCCGCCGGUACGCCCGACGAAGCUGGCGGUGGCGAUGCUGGGGCGGGCAGUGGGGACGGUGGUCCGGAGGAGGGUAGCUCGAGGGCAGUGCCGGGACCGGUGGCCGCGCAGGCUCCGGUCGCCCGGACAACGAACAACUACGAGAAUGUGCUCAUCAACACCGGCGGCGGGGUCAGUGUCGGCGGACGGUUCGGGGGUAGCAUGGAGAACCUGGUGGCCGGCGACCCUCACCAUAACCUGACUGGUGCGCCGCACAACAACGGCACCAGCAGCAGCAGUACCUUCCUCGAUCCAAAGCAUCCGAAUCCGGCGGAUCGCAGCAGCGACGGUGGGGGCACGUUCACCGGAAGCACCUCCAUCUCCGAGCGCACCUCCCAGCUGCUGGCCACAUCCGCCUCCAGCGCUGCCGACCUCAAGAAAAAGGUUCCCCCACGCCCACCACCGAAGUUUGUCCGGCGGGCGGCCCCAGUCGAACCGCCGACCGUGCCAACGAUGGCCAUGCAGAACCUACGCAGCAAAGAUGGCAGGACGGGCGGGCGCGAGAGCAGCUUGUCCGACACCCCGGGCACGCCGGAGAGUCCGGGAGGGGCGGCGGCUGCCGGUGGUUUGAGCAGCUCGCUGGAGCGCAACGUUAAGCCAUCGGAAAUCUACCGCCAAAAGUCGUCCGACUCGCUGGACGUGAAGCUAGCCGGUGCGCACGGCCGGUUGCCCAAGUCGGACAGCUUGAAAUCGAAGUCGUCCAGCACGGACAGCCCGACCGGAUCGCUGGGGAAGGUGGCCGGCGCAUCGCCGACCGGAAGUUUGAGCAAGCUGCCGACGGCGAUGAGCGGGAGCGGGGGUGGAAGCAACAGCGACAGUCCCACCGGUAGCCUCGGCAAGGUCGGUACACCGGCGGGGCAGCAGCAUCAGCAGAAUCACCCCUACCAUCAUCACCACCACCAUCACCACCAACAACAACACCAGCAGCAGGUUGGCUCGAAGGAGUCGCUCGCUUCGACGGGAGGAGGUGGCGUUGGCGAGGGCGGUGGGCCUGGGACAGCUGGAGGGUCUACCGGUAUUGGGACCAUAUCCGAGCGGAUCAAAAGCUACGAAUCGAUCUCGUCGCUCAGCUCGGACAGCAUGCGGGCGGGUGGUGCGGGGUACAACCAGCAGCUGCAGCAGCGCGAGCGAGAGCGCGAACAGGAGCACUACUACGACACGGUACCGCUGGAUAAUGGCGACGGCGAUUACGUGUACAUUCAGCCCGGUGGCGUCGGCACGGGAACGACCGGCUCGAGCUCCAGCCGGGACGAUAUUUCGGCGGUCGAGAACGCCAGCACGCUGCUGAUGCCGUCGCAUCCACGCAGCCACAACAGCAGCCAGACCAGCGUCCAGCUGGAACCAGAAUCUCCGGGCCGCAGCAGCAACUACGUGAACAUCGAGUACUUCAUCCACUCCAGUCAGCACCACGAAAAUCACAGUAGCUCGCUCGACAGCGACGGCGAGGGGGACGGCGUACCGCCCAUGCUGAUGCGGGCCAUUUCAACCGACACGGACGGUGGUGGUGCCGGAAGCGGUCUGUUCCGGAAGAUAUCGAACGCCAACCGAAACACCAUCAUCCGGCACAUCGUUACCAGCAUCAUCACCAGCGAGACGCUGUACGUCGAGUGCCUGAACAAGAUGAAGCAGUACAUGAAAGCGAUCCGGGCGACGCUAACCACUUCGCAACCUGUGAUAUCGGAGGAAGAGUUUCAGACGAUCUUCUUCAAAAUCGAGGACUUGCACGAGGUGCACAGUAAGUUCCUUGCCGAGCUGCAGGACCGGCUAGCGGCACCGGACGGCGAUCCGGGCGCGGCGCCCGAAGGCCUUUGCGUGGGCGAACCGUUCCGCCAGCUGGCCGCCCAGAUCCAUCUCUAUGGCGCCUUCCUGCACAACUACGGGCGCGCGAUCGAUACGGUGAAGAUGUGCAGCACCAACAGCCAGCAGUUCAAGGAGAUUGUCUCGAACAUCGUGUUCAAGAACCAGAACGAGCAGAAGCUCUCGCUGGAGGAGCUGCUGCACAAGCCGGUCGCGCGCGUGCAAAAGAACGCGCUCGUCCUGGAGGACCUGCUCAAUCAGACUCCCGAGCAGCACCCGGACUACCAUCCACUGCGGCAGGCGUCCAAGACGAUUCGUAACUUCCUUUCCGAGUUCAACGUGGUGCAAACACGAUCCAUGUUCCCGAGCGAAGACAAGGCUCUGCGACGGCUGGUGAAGAACUCGUUCAUCGUCGAGCUGGCGGACGGACACCGGAAGCUACGCCAUCUGUUUCUCUUCAACGACGUGAUCGCGUGCGCCAAGUAUAAGGCCGUCGGGCGCGGCGGUGGCGAGCGGAACGGGUUCGAGUUCGAGCUGAAGUGGUUCAUUCCGCUGCGUGACAUUUUGAUUUGCGAGGAAUCAUCCAACGACCCGAAGGAAACGAGCCCGAUCAACAUUGUGCACCUCAAGUCGCAGGCGUGUACGGUGCGUGAUCAGAUCCUGCUCGAUGAGAAGGAUCGGCCGGGCGGCUCCAGCCGGGCCGGCGACAAACACCGCAAGAAGUUGGCCGACCUCGAGGCGCAACUGGUGCUCGCCUCGCCCAAUCUGGUGUUCAAGAUCGGCAACAAGGCGACCGGCAAGACGCUCACGUUCUUCCUCAGCUCCGACUUCGAGCGAACGCAAUGGAUCGAGUCGAUUCUGUCGCUACAGCAAUCGUGCAACCUGCCCGGACACAUGCCGGUGCAGAUUUACGACCUUCAGGCGUGGAUCACCGCCUGCCAGGCGCUGAUCAAAACGGAGAUGGGCUCCUACCUGAUGCGGAACGCGCGCGACGAGAGUCUGCUCGUGGGCGACCUGCACCUUACCAUCCAGGGGCUCGCCGGUCUCGAACAGCCGUGCGAUUUGUUCGUGUGCGUCGAGAUCGACUCGUACGGACACUACUUCCGCAAGGCAAAGACGAAGCUCGUCUGCUGCAGCGCCACCCCGCAGUGGAACGAAUCGUUCGUGCUGGAACUUGAGGGCAGUCAGAACCUGCGCAUCCUGCUGUACCAGGAUCACGUCCAGCGGCCAAUACUCCGGGCAAAGCACAUCCUCAAGCUGAGCCGCAGCUGGCUGCAAGAGACGGCCACCCGAAAGGUGCUCAAACUGUCCGAGACGCUGAGCAUCAGUACGGUGAUACGGUUCGUGCCAGGUGAGGUAACGCUGCGUCGUGUGCCCACCUCGAAACCGGGCGCCCUAUUCGGAGCUAAGCUGCAGCAGGUGAUCAAACGGGAAAAGCGAGACAUUCCGUUCAUCGUGAGCGCGUGCGUGCGCGAGGUCGAGCGGCGCGGCAUGACCGAAGUAGGCAUCUAUCGCGUGUCCGGCUCGGCAUCGGACGUGGCCAAGCUGAAGAAAUCGUUCGAAACGAACGCGUACGAGGCGGAGCAGCUGCUGAAGGAGGUCGACAUCCACUCGGUCACCGGCAUACUGAAGUCGUACCUGCGCGAUCUGCCGGAGGCCCUGUUCACCGACCAGUAUUAUCCGAAGUUCUUCGAGGUGUUCAAUCGCCACUCGAACCUGAGCGAGGCGACCCGCAUCCAGGAGCUGCAGCGCAUUUUUGUCGAGCUGCCGCAAUCAAACAAGGCCACCAUUAACCUGCUUCUGGAUCAUUUGAUGCGGGUACACCAGCAGGAGAUAGAAAACAAAAUGUCGCUGCACAAUCUGGCAAUGGUGUUCGGUCCGACGCUGCUACGGCCAGGGCCGUCCGCCACCAAGCAGAAGGACCUGCUCGAAUCGAGCACAGCAGAUGUGAUGACGCAAGCCGGCAUCCUGUACAGCUUUCUACAGGCCCGGCUGAAGUAGACUAACCAGUAGCAGGGUCAUGGCGCCGCCGUGUGGCCAGAACUGAUUUUUCUUAACACCUUCCCAUUUCUCACCGACCACACAUCCAUCAAACCCCAACCCCCUCCCAUCCCUCCAUCCCCCUCUCCACCAUCAGCCUCACACCUGACCCUAGAGCCCUCUUGCUCUAUGAGCCUUUCAAAGAGUCCUUUUUUCGCUGGCGCCCGCCGUUGUAGCAUUUGCCGGUGCAGGUGAAAAACGGACGAUGAGUUAAAAACAAAAGUGGUAAUGCAAUCUUUAAGCAACUAUGGCAUCUAAUUAGACAUUAUUAUAUACUUAAAACCAUUGAUAUAUUGAUAAUGAAAAAAACGAGUCAAAACAAAGAGCCUAGCAUUGAAGCUAGCAGGUAAAUUAAAACGCCCACACAUACACACACA